GGGUGUGGCGCCAUCUGCUGGCAGCUUCUCUCCCGCUCCUUGGUGUCAGUAGCAGUGCUGGUCACCGUGGGACUUUUGUGCCCUGUACUUACUCAAUUGUAUGGUGGGCAGGAAGAGUUGCUCGGCUCUCCCAUUUUUAGUUCCUUGCCUGGUGUUCUGAUGCAUGGGGGCACUUGUGUGCAGAGACAUUGUAAAUGUCUCUUUCAGAGUAGUUGGAUCAAUGUGUAUCGAAUAUAACCAUUUUUGAAAAAGAAGAACUGCAGGUCUUUACGUUUUUGAAAUAAAAUUCUGUCCCCUCCCCUGUGUUGAUUGUGAACAUCUGGAACCAAUUGAGAUAGCAGGGCUGCGGUUGCUGCUGCUGAGGUCCAACGUGUUGGUGUGGCCGGAUUGCUUUUGCUGCCCACAUGGGGUCGGCUGCGGGUGUAAGGGCCCUGCUGCUGGCUCUCGGCAUGUGCGCCUCAGCAUAGAGAGUGUGAGGGCCUGCAGCAUCGCCACAUGGCCCAAGCUCAGUCUCUGUAGCAACAGUAUUUUCAUCGCCUAGUUUUCUUUCUUUCUUUUUAAUUUUAAAGAUAGUAAAAUCCAAUGAAACAAAAUAGAACAAAGCCAAUCAAAGCAAAGCAGCAAAACUGGCACAGAACUUCAGAGCACAAUACUAGGAAAACAUAAGUGGCUGCCGUAGUACAUCUUGUGGUCUUCACAAUAGUUGUCCAUUCCAUCAGGUAUAGCAAAAUCAAAACAGAAUUCCCUAGUUUUCUUAAAUCAACUUUUACAGCAUUUGGUUUCUUUUUAUUUUUAUGGGCUUUUUCUUAGAUGUUUACCCAAAUUGGCUUUGAACCCUAGGCCCAGGCAAACCUCCUGCUUCCUCAGCUUCCUUAUUAGUUGGGAUUACAGGUGCACACCUCUAUGGCUAGCACUGUGUGUGUGUGGUCCUGGGGACUGAAUGGAUGCCUUUGCACUGAGCUGCAUCCCUAGCCUGUCUUGUUUGGUUUUGUCUAUUUGAGACAGGGCUUCACUGUGCAGCUCAGGCUGGCCUUGAACUCAUUGGCCGUGAACUCACAGCAGUCCUCCUGCUUCAGCCUCCUGAAUGCUAGAAUUACAGGCAUAUGCCACCAUGCCUGGCUGUUACUUACUUUUUAUUUCAAGACCAGACCUUGCUUGCUAAGUUGCUUAGGCUGGUCUCAAAUUUGCAGUCCUCGUGCCUCAGCCCCACCUAGUGCUGGCAUUAGAGAGGUUCUCUACCAUGUCUAGCUCAUGGGUUGAUUUUGAUCACAUAUUAUAGUUGGUUACCUGGCACCAUCCCUUCACCUUUCUGUUUGUUUGUUUAUUUUUGAAACAGGGGCUUGCUGUGCAUUGAGGCUGGCUUGGACUUACUAUGUCUCCCACACUGGCCUUACACUUGAGGCGGUCCCCCUGCUUCAGGCUCCCAAGGCUGGGAUUACAGGCAUGCGGCACUACACCUGGCUCACAGAACACUUUUCUAUCUUAAACAGUCUAGGAUAUUCAGAGAUCUGAUUUCCCAGUGGGCAACGGCUGGAAACCUCCUUACCAUGGCAGCUCCGUGGCUGCCUAGUGAGGGUCUCCAGCCUUUCUUGCCUGUCUCGCCAGUGCUGCAGGGUACAGCUGGUCCCACUGGGUGGUAUGGUGUGUUGGAAUAAGCAAUGUGGCACACAUGGGUGGCCCUACAGGUACUCGGGCCAGACUCCUUCCCCUUCCAGCUGUUCUCAGGCUGCAGUGCUCCCAGCUACAAAAGGAGUUUUGGAAAGGAGCCCUGCAAAGCCAGGGCUACUCUCCACGUCCGCCUGUGGUGUGCAAGUGUCUCAAGUGCCAUGGGUUAGAUCUAGACUGCCCCCUGGAACCUCCUGUGCCCAGAGGUGGAGUUUGGGAGGUGGUCUAACGGCCCCUGAGUGCUCACUCAUCAGUGGAGCCCUCCCCUGGAGGUGCAGAGCUGCCCCGCUAGGGAAAGAGGCUGAGGUCUGGAGGAGUUAGACCGUUCUCCAGCACCUGCCUCUCUGCUUCCUGCCUGCUGCGGUUGAGCCCUUUCCACCGAGGAUGCUCCCACUGUGCCCUUCCGCCCUGGAGCCAGCUGAGCAAGAGUUCUUCAAAAACAGUGAGCAGAAAAAGACUUGUCCUUUAUGUCGCAGUCGGCAGGUGUCCUGUUCAGCUGGGAAGUCACUGAGGCACUGAGAAAAGGGCACAGCUUCACCCUUCCUCCCUCUUUCUGAAGUGCACCCCGGACUUGCAGGUCAUCCCAUGGAGCAUCUUCUGAGAGUUUUUGGCACUGGUGCUGUCAGCCAGCCACAGCCUUUCUCUGGGUCGAUGGCCGCGGACAUGGAGGGGCAGACGCAGUCCUCAGCCCGCAGCUUCGUGCUCUGGCAGCCACUUAAAUAAGGGCCACAGGCGCUGCUGCUCACCUGUCUGCUCUUGUCCGGACCUGCGGCUCUGCUCCUCCAGGUGCUCAGGCGGGAAGGCCGUGUCCCCUGACUGUGUCCUCACCGAGGCCCAGCUUACAGCCAGCAUUUUCCAGGGACCAGGAGUGCACUGCUCCCCCACUGGCCAGCCCUGGCUUUGGCUGUACCAGCCAACCUCUUAGCUGGGAAGUGGGUGUCACAGGAGGAGGCCUGGGCCUCCAGUGCUCAGCAGAGGCUCCGCAGGGGCCCCUGAUGCUGCUGCUGGUGGCCAGGACGCUGUCCCUUUGAGCUGAGUGCAGAAGACGCGCUGCUGCUCAUUUCUUCGUGGACCGUAGCUGCUUUAGGGCCUCCUAACGUGGUCCGUGACGCCGCGUGCUUCGCACUCGAGAUGAUCUGAUGUCCUGAGCACACGCUCGCUCACCAUGAUGGCUACACAGACGCUGAGUAUAGACAGCUAUCAGGAUGGGCAGCAAAUGCAAGUGGUAACAGAGUUAAAAACGGAACAAGAUCCAGUCUGCUCUGAAGCGGAUGCGGAAGGAGUCAGCCCUCCUCCCGUGGAGUCUCAGACCCUGAUGGAUUCGGACAAGCAGGCCAUUUAUAGGCACCCCCUAUUCCCACUGCUAGCCUUGUUGUUUGAAAAGUGCGAGCAGUCCACACAAGGCUCGGAGGGCACCACUUCCGCCAGUUUUGACGUGGACAUUGAGAACUUCGUCAGGAAGCAGGAGAAGGAGGGGAAGCCCUUCUUCUGUGAAGAUCCAGAGACAGACAACUUGAUGGUGAAGGCCAUCCAGGUGUUGCGCAUCCAUCUUCUUGAGCUGGAGAAAGUGAAUGAGCUCUGCAAGGAUUUCUGCAGCCGGUACAUUGCUUGUCUGAAGACGAAGAUGAACAGCGAGACCCUGCUGAGCGGGGAGCCCGGAAGCCCGUACUCCCCUGUGCAGUCCCAGCAGAUUCAGAGUGCCAUCACGGGCACCCUCAGCUCGCAAGGACUGGUAGUGCCAGCAUCCGCCCUGCAACAGGGAAACGUCACCAUGGCGACAGUGGCAGGUGGCACCGUGUACCAGCCUGUCACAGUUGUCACUCCUCAAGGCCAAGUGGUCACCCAGGCAUUGUCUCCCGGGACAAUCAGGAUCCAGAACUCACAGCUCCAGCUGCAGCUAAACCAGGACCUCAGCCUCCUGCACCAGGAUGACGGCUCGUCCAAGAACAAGCGGGGCGUGCUGCCCAAGCAUGCCACCAACGUCAUGCGCUCCUGGCUCUUCCAGCACAUAGGGCACCCGUACCCAACAGAGGAUGAGAAAAAGCAGAUUGCUGCUCAGACGAACUUGACCCUGCUCCAAGUCAACAACUGGUUCAUCAACGCUAGAAGACGGAUUCUGCAGCCCAUGUUGGAUUCCAGCUGUUCAGAGACCCCAAAAACGAAGAAGAAGACUGCACAGAACAGGCCUGUGCAGAGGUUCUGGCCGGACUCCAUUGCGUCAGGCGUGGCCCCAGCACCGCCCAGCGAGCUGACCAUGUCUGAAGGUGCCGUCGUGACCAUCACCACACCUGUGAACAUGAACGUGGACAGCCUGCAGUCCCUGUCCUCAGACGGGGCCACCCUGGCCGUGCAGCAGGUCAUGAUGGCGGGCCAGAGCGAGGACGAGUCUGUGGACAGCGUGGAGGAGGACGGGGCCGCGCUGGCGCCCGCCCACAUCGGUGGGCUGGUGCUGGAGGACAGCGGCUCGCUGCAGUAGGAGCUGCCGCCUCCUCGCUUUUACAGUUUGCACAGCAAACGUUUUACAGUUUUGUUUCUAAUAUGUUUUAUAUGUAGAUAUAGAAAAGUGCACUUUUGUAUUUCAUAGUCAGCUUAAAAAGAGCGUCUUUGCUGGUGCAGCGACUUCUUUCAAAUGUGUGCGUGUGUGUGGGUUUUUAAAGAAAUUCUCCAAGGGUUUAACGGUAGAAUUGUGAUGAAUGGCCCCACCUGGAGUCCCUAAUUAGAUUAGGAAUAGUGCUGCCGUUUUCUAAACAAUUAUGCAGUUUUAAUUGAGUUCUGUAGCUUGCAGCAGUUGUCGGAGGGCUGCUGUGUUGGUGUUGCCCAUGGACAGGACAGAGCCGCACCCCAAAGCCAUUGGUGGGGUGGCUGUGGCCGGCAGCAGCCUGCGUACAGUAUCAUCCAGAACAUUGGGGACUGCAGUGUGCCUCGGUCCCUCAUGGUCAGUGAGCUCGUGUCAUUUGCUAUAUAUAAAAAGAAACUCCUAUUUUUACCUUGCUGGAAUUAUUGGAUAAAAAGCUAUUUUUAUAAAUUCGUUAUGAAUUGGAUUAUGACUAUAUUGAGCAUAAAAUUUCUAGAGAAGAAACAGUACAUGCCUGCGUUUCCACUGGAGUGGUUGCCGCUGCCCAGGUCUGAGACCCUGCCCACACUGCCUCUCCCAGACGCUUGGCAUUGGGUGCUGAGAGAGGCAACACCCUAGGGAGACUGAGGAGACUCCAAAUCUGUGUGCAUGCACACUGCUCCUGUUAUGUUCACACAGGUGCACAGCUGCCUGAAGGUGUGUGCACAGCAUGCCUCGGACCAGGGAAGCCAAGGGGGCUUCCGCCGUGCCCACUCUUUCUGAUUUCAGUUUGACUCACUCAGUCCCUUUGCUGUGUUAGCUGGGUAUCGGGAUACGUCAUGCAGAGAAUGUUUAUUAUAAACUGAUAAUAUAAAACAUUCUCCACUGCACCGGCUGGGAGCUGGGGUGAAUUCAGACAGCUGCACUGCCUCAAGACAGUGGCAGGUGAGAAUGAAGUCACAGUGCAAGCUGACUGUGACCGUGUGGUGCAAGCAGGCCCCACCCGGGUGCUGCACACACUCCCAUUUUCCUGUCGCAUGUUGUCGCUGCCCAGUUCCCAGAGCCCACCCCGGGCACCAGCUCCCCUAAGAUUUGGAAUCAUUUGCAGACAUCCAUUUCCUGGUGAUGCACUAAAGGAGUGGGCUGGGGUUUACUUUCUGUGAGUUUAGUUUGCUUUUUGUUUACUCAGGAGCAGGUAUUUUCUCAAAGGGGAAAUGAGCUGCCUGCCUUGUGUGGCAUGUGUUGGUGUGAGCGUGGACAGGUGACACAGUCCCCAGCUGGCAGAGGACAGUGUGGGUCGCCAUGGCCACCAGCUCUGAAGGCCCCCGCGGUGCUGAUUGGCAUGAUCAGGGUCACAUUAGGGACAUCAGUAGGCAGAUUGAUUUUUCUUAAACUGAUUUCGCUCCAUAAAACGUAGGAAGAUGAGCCACGUAGGAAGGGGAGUCCAUCCCUUGCUAAACCCUCGUCGGGAGCUUUGAUGCGCAGGAAACUUCGAUUACCAGCUCUUGAGAGAGAGUGACAUUUUUAAUCAGCCACUGCAUAACUUAUUUAUAAAUAGUUUUCAAUAUUUUAAGUCACGUCUGCACGAGCCUAAGAGAUCAUUUUAUCUUUAUUUAAAUGCCAACUUUGUUGGACUUCUUAAAACUAAGACCUGGGGGAGCCCCAGCCACUCCGCCCAGCCACCUGCCCUUGGGCAGAGCAGAGAGGAAAUGCACAGAGUGUGAGGUUCAGUGGAGGGCCCUGACUCCGCCCUGGGGUCCCUGUUCAGACUGCACCCCUGGGACGCCAGCUUCUUCUGAGUGGGGCAGGUGCCUUCUCCAGUGAGGCAGGUUCUUCAGCCCGGAAGCCCGCUCGCUGGCUUCAGAGGAGUAAGGUACAUAUGGUGAGAGACAGGCUCAGGGAUGUGGCCCGCAUUCCCAUCCACUCCGUUUCUCCAGGGCAAGCCCUUGCUUCUCUGAGUCGCUGCAGGCCUGGGCUCUGUCAGUGUGCAGUGCAGAAGUACCUGCUCUCGACUACAGCCAGAGGAGGCACUGGAGUGUAGCCGGGCCCUGCUUGGCUUCAAAUGGCCAGACUUGAUUGGAUCCCAGUGUGUCCUUGUUAAACCCCUCCCUCAGGAUGGCUCCUCUCCAGUGUGUCCUGAGACCCACAGCCAGCGUCUAGUCCCUGCUGCCCAGCUCACCCAGCAGGCCCGGCCGGUGGGCUCAGCACUCCUGUUUUCACAUCCAGAUAGUCCGAAGAGUCGAAGUGUUUAUCCAAUGUGCAGGUGGCCCCACCAGGGGGGUGCCAGGGAGGGCUUUGCGGCUGGUGGAGGGCCUGCCCCUCCUGUUCGAGGAGGCAGGAGACACUCCGCUCUCUGGGACAGGCUCCUGCGAGUUGGUAGGGCUGCCGCCCGUCCUGAGAGCUCUCCCUGGCAGUUGGUGACAGAACUAACUCAGCAAUCUGCCUUUUUUUAGUUACCUUUGGUCUUUGAAACUGACAAUCUUUAAAAUGUGAAUACUGUAACGAUGUUUUCUUGGAUUGUUGUCUUUAAAAGGACUUUUGUGAAGCAAUUGAUUUAUCAAAGCAAAAAAAUUAAAAAUAGAAACAUGC